AUGAUGGAUUUCGGCUUCGGAAUCAUCGUCAAGGCGUACGCUGUCAUGCUCUGCGGUUCGGCCUCGCGGGUUUGGUCCCUCGCGAUGGAGGUCUUCUGGAAGGCCAUUUGCCCUUUCUUGAUGGUAGCGCUGCUUGUGGUGCCGGUGUACCUCGUCGACAUUCGUCUGGCGAUGUCGCUGAUGGCCACAUCGGAUCAGUCCGACGAUAGUUGGAACCCGUACGCCAUGACUGAGAAACCGAAUACCACUCAGGGUAUCGUGAUCGCGGUCAUAAUUCUCCCCUAUAUCUUCCGAGUUGCCUGGAUUAUCCCGCUGUCCUUUUGUCUCUGGUCGCACUAUUGGGUCGCUUUCGAGCUUGGCAACCCCGUUCGUCGAUCCCAUUCCUCAACUUGA